AUAUAAGUACCCUUUCCCUCCAAAUUUGCACAUUUCACUGUGAAGAAUAGCGGUUUCUGUUUCUGUGUCUCCGAAGAAGAAGAAGAUGGAGCAAUACUUGCAGAACAUGAAGACUCUGCGUUCUCAAAUGAACGAUGUGGAGGAUCAAGCCGCGAAGAUUUCCGCAGAAGAGCACAUGCAAUUGACCAACAUUCGCACUCUGGAAAAUGACAUCGAAUCAGCGAAAUCUGAAAUUGCGCAAGUUGUGGAAGAUACUGAAAAGAUGGAGAAGGCGAAGGGUGAAGUGUGCUCGAAGAUAUUGAAAACGCAGAAAAAGAUUGCUUCCUUGGAGUCUGAUACAUCCAAACUCACUCAGACUUUGGGGCUUAUUCAGCAAGAGAUAGUGGGAUUAUCUACCAAACUUUCAGAGAAGAGAGCCUACUAUACCAAGGUUUCCGAGGAUAUGACUGCCAAAUUACAAAAUCAACAGGAAUGGCUCAGAACUAAGGAUAGUAGAGAUCUGAAAGAGCAUGAGUUGGACAAGUUAAAAGUUGAUGGACAAAAAAGUCAAGUUGAAGGGAAGUGUGAUGCUGAUGGCAACCUUAUCGUGGAUAACCUGGGAAGUGAUGCAAGGAACAACUUAAUCACUGAAUUGGAUUCAGCUAAAGCGAGGCUUGGUGAGAUCUGUACUCUGAAAUCCAAAGUUCUUAUGGAAAAUAACAAGAUAAAACUGGCUAUUGAGGAUGUAAAGUGCAGAGGAAAUGAGUUUAAGCCAGAGCUAAAAGCAGCCGAUGUAGCUGCUCUUGAAGAGGAAUAUAAUGCCCUUUUGUCAGACAAGGCUGGAGAAACAGAGUACUUGCAGUCUCUGGAGAAACAAGUUGAGAAACUCAAGAAGAUAUGUCAUGUGGUAAAAUGUGCUUGUGGAGAAGAAUACAAAGUUACAUUGAAUAUGUAAUAUGGUAAGAGAACAUGAAACUUCAGGAGAAUGUGAAGUCAGUUGUUCGCGCUGAACUUGAUUAGAUAGUACUAUACGCCAGUUUGGAAUUUCUGCAUUUUUUACUGAAUGGAUUGUUGGCCUCUGAAUGUAUUUUUCCAUUCGAGUUACAGAUCAAUGUAUAGUCUAAUCUGGUUUCUAGGCUGAUGUGAUGUACAGCUAUUCAAUCUAAAUACAAGCUGUCUGUAAACAUCUCUCAAA